UUCUUCUGUGAUGUGAGUGGAAGCGUAUCUAUCGCAUAACAUGAACUCAUUAUUCCACUGUGCUGCCUGACAUGGUUAAGAAUACUUGUAUCUUGGAUAUGUCACGUCAGAGGAGCUGCAGGGUUUUUGAGUUAGAAGAUGGCAAGGUACAGAUUAUUAAAAAAAAAAAACCAAACAACCCUCUCUAUGGUUUGUGGCUUUCUCCCUGCCUGUGUUUGAGAUCUCGGGGGAAGAGGGCCUCAGGAAAUAUCUCUGGAUAGUUGAUUGUUUUUAUGUGCUCACCUUCCCUCAUCUAUAUGAUCUAUCGCAGGUAUAUGUAGAAAUACAUCGGACUUUUCUUUAUGAGAACAUAUGCAGUAGAUACUAGGCCUUGGCUUUGUAUUCAAAUGCUUGCUAAUAUCAGUCUUCUCUAAUGCUUCUUGAAGAUGCCUGCUGCCUGUGAACCAGUGCUUGAAGCUAUUGAAGAUACCGUGUCAGCAGAAGAUUUGAAGCCACGUGAUCGGCAGUUUGUAAGAAAGAAUGUUUUUCCAAAAGUGCGAAAACGCAAUUCACAAAAAAAUACUCGGGCAGACGAUGAUCCCCCAAGUGACAGUGGAAUCUGGCUGAAAAUCUAUUCCGGUUGUUUUCAGCCAAAAAGGACAAUUUGGAAAAUGAAGUCUGAGCCACCAGAAACUGUUUCCUUGGGCUGCGCUGCUCUACGUGAUAGAAAGCCUGGGUACUGGAAGAAAGAAUACCUCUUCAAACAAAUAGCUGCUGUCAAAAUGAGAGUAAGGCGACUUGUUAAACCUGUAGAUCCUUCUACAGGUCUUCCAUGUAAAAACAAAGAAGCUAUGAAAGCCUCUGGCUUGAGGUGGAGAAUUGUUCUAAAGGACAAAAAUGGAAAGGAACACGUAAUGGAGAAGGCAAACCUGUCGAUUAAGGACACAUCUGUUACUAUACUUUGGUAUAGUACAAAUUGGCCAUGCUUAGACAUCCUGUCAAGCCUGAAACUGUUUGGAGUUAUGCCAUUGCUUCCUGAGCAAAGCAGAGCUCCCAGCAAGAAUGGACCUCGUCGACGUUCCUUAAUUGCUGAAUACCAUCUUGCUAACCUGACUGAAAGUAGUGUAGCCGUUGGUGCUGAUGAGCUUGGCCAGCUCUUCAGUCUGAAUCCAGGACUCGUCGUAGGACUUUGGGAGGGGAAGAGUUUUGGCGACCCAGAUGGGACCUUGCGAGUGAGACUGGAAGGGAUCGAGUGCCGAUCAGACUCCAGCCGGCACCGAGGGAUUCUCGGCAAGGACCAUCGCUCUUGACCCAUACGAGCUCCUCACAACACCCUGGAAAAGGGAGGGAAGGCCAAUGGAAUGAGGUACCUUAUGUGGAUUUGUUCUUUUCCUUGAGACAGUGAACUGACUGGCAGGAGGAGUGUAAAUUGGUAAGUCGAGGUCA